CCGCCUCUGUCCCUAUCAGAGACGGCCUCCCGCUCCCGGGGCGGGGUGCGCCUGGCCUGAGCCCCCGCUGGAGAGGACAGCGAGGGGGCUGGCCGGGAGGCGGGGCCGGCGCCGAAGCCGCAGGCCACGCGCACUGGCGCCUCCCCCGCGGGCAGCGGCCUUGGCAGCGGUGAGCUUGCGCCCCGGGCCCCCCACUGUUCCCGACCCGCGCUUCGGGUCCCGGGCCCCCACCCAUGGAGCAGCUGCUGCGCGCCGAGCUGCGCACCGCGACCCUGCGGGCCUUCGGGAGCCCCGGCGGCGGCUGCAUCAGCGAGGGGCGCGCCUACGACACGGACACGGGCCCCGUGUUCGUCAAGGUCAACCACAGGACGCAGGCCCAGCAGAUGUUCGCAGGGGAGAUGGCGAGCCUGGAGGCGCUCCGGAGCACCGGUGUGGUGCGGGUGCCUCGGCCCAUCAAGCUGAUCACCCUGCCGGGAAGUGGGGCUGUCUUUGUGAUGGAGUACCUGAAGAUGAGGAGUCUGAGCAGUCACGCAUCAAAACUUGGAGAGCAGAUGGCAGAUUUGCACCUUUACAACCAGAAGCUCAGGGACAAGUCGAGGGAGCAGGAGAACACAGUGGGCUGGGGGGCUGAGGGUGCAGAGCCCCAGCACGUGACCAAGUUCGGCUUCCACACGGUGACCUGCUGUGGCUUCAUCCCACAGGUGAAUGAGUGGCAGGACAACUGGGUGACAUUCUUCACCCGACACCGGCUCCAGGCACAGCUGGACCUCAUUGAGAAGGACUAUGCUGACCGAGAGGCACGUGAACUCUGGUCACAGCUACAGGUGAAGAUUCCGAAUCUGUUUUGUGGCACAGAGAUUGUCCCUGCCCUUCUUCACGGGGAUCUCUGGUCGGGAAACGUGGGUGAGGACGACUCUGGGCCCAUUGUGUAUGACCCCGCGUCCUUCUAUGGCCAUUCUGAGUUUGAACUGGCGAUCGCCUUGAUGUUCGGGGGCUUCCCCAGGCCCUUCUUCACUGCCUACCACCGCAAGGUCCCCAAGGCCCCUGGGUUUGACAAGCGCCUGCUGCUCUACCAGCUCUUCAACUACCUGAACCACUGGAACCACUUCGGGCGGGAGUACAGGUCCCCGUCCCUGGGCACCAUGAGGAAGCUUCUCAAGUAGCCGCCAGCCCACCUGCUCAGCAGGUACCUAGGGCAGCUCUGCCACAGGCAGCUCCGGGCACUAAUAAAGUCAGGGGGCUUCAAGGA